AUGGGAAGUAUUGUUCUUGUCCACAAAAUUAUGCUUCAUCUUUUGUUUGUUGCUUGGAUGUGCUUAAGUGCAUGCACUGCUCAGUUGUCCUAUGACCCUAAUAACUGUACUUCAAAUGAAACUAUGCGAGGGUCAAGGUAUAGUUGCAAGUCACCGCAGGAUUCAUGCCAAACAUUCUUGGUGUAUAGAGCUAACAAACUUUUUCAGACCAUUUCAGAUGUUUCAAAGCUCUUCAACAAAAGCUCUGAAGAGUUGCUUCUAAUAAACAACCUCACUUCUUCUUCUGAGGUACUCAAACAAGGUAAAGAGGUUCUUCUUCCUAUUAAUUGUACCUGCUCUAACCAAUAUUAUGAAGCUAGUUUAAGCUAUGAAGCCAAAGAAAACACAACAUUUUCCGACAUUGCUUGUGAAGUUUUUGAAGGGCUUCUUAAACAUCUUACACUUGCAGAGGAAAAUCUUCCACGAGGUAAUGAGCCAGAAGCUAGUUCUGAGCUUCAGGUGCCUCUUAUAUGUGCUUGUCCUAACAGUGACAGUUUCACAAGGAGCAAGAGGGUGAAGUACCUUGUCACGUACCCUCUAGUACUGGGAGAUGAUCCAUAUACACUGAGUAAAAAAUUUGGCAUAUCACCUGAAGAUUUCUCAGCAGUGAAUGACUUGAAUUCCUUGUCAACAAUUUACCCUGAAACAGUUGUUUUGAUUCCAUCAAUGGAUGCUCCAAUCAGAAUACUUGAUAUUCCUGAUUCUCCUUCCCCACCUCCUGGUUUUCUUCCUACAAAUCCAGUGGUUACUACACAGGAAUCCACACAGCCAUCAAAUUUGUACAUUGCAGGAUCUAUUAUAGGAUUUUUGUUGUUCACAACACUGCUUGCAAGUGGAUUGUACAUGAAGAGGAUGAGGAAAAGUGAUGUUGUACAUUCCUUGAAUCCAACAAACUUCCCUACCUUGUGGUCAUCAAGUAGAGGCUCUCCUAUAUCAACUCAAACGGGUAAAAGCUCAACAAUCACAUGUCUAUCUCCUGAUCUUCUUGUUGGAAUCAAGUAUUGCUUACUCAAUUACAGCAUAGAAGAGCUUGAAAAGGCCACAAAGAAUUUCAGUGAAGAAAACAAGAUUGAUGACUUAGUCUACAAAGGCUCAGUGAAUGAUGUUGAGGUGAUGAUAAAGAGGAUGAGGGUGGAAGACAUUAGACAGGUGAUUGAUUUACAUUCUAAAAUCAACCACAUUAAUAUUGUGAACUUACUUGGUGUUUGUUAUGCUGAGAGCAAUGUUUCAUGGUCUUAUUUAGUUUUUGAGUUGCCUAAAAAUGGAUGCUUGAGGGAGUGCUUAUCUGAUCCAUGCAAUCCUCUAAAUUGGGACAAACGGAGACAAAUAGCCUUUGAUAUUGCAACAUGUCUUUACUAUUUACAUUGUUGUUCUUUUCCUUCCUAUGCUCACAUGAAUGUGACUAGUAGAAAUAUAUUCAUAACGGAAAAUUGGAGGGGGAAAGUGGCAGAUGUUGGAAGGGCAUUGGCUCCUAGUGUCACACCCACCAAAAGAAAUGAUAGCAUAGAAAUUCCCAAAGGGUUGGUGGCACCAGAGUACCUCUUACAUGGGUCAGUUUCUGAAAAAGUUGACAUUUUUGCAUUUGGGGUUGUCUUGCUUGAGCUGAUCUCAGGAAGAGAAAUGUUUGAUGGAAAAUCAAUCAAAGAUUCACUUGGAUUUUUGUCAGGGGAAGCCAGUGAAGGUGGUUGUUUUGAAGGGUUAAGGAGUUUGGUGGAUCCUAAUCUGAAGGAUUAUUCUCUUCCAGAGGCUCUGUGUUUGUCAUUUUUGGCAAAGGAUUGUGUGGCUGAUGAUCCCAUCCGUAGGCCAACUAUGGAUGAUAUCAUGAAAGUCCUCGCAAAAAUGGUUUAG